GUAAAUUCGACAACUUUUCUCUCUUUCUGUGGCUUCACACAGGUUGUUCGACUUGCAAGACAGCAGGAGAAAUGGACUGGCUGAUUCCUCCUAAUGACCCGGCUGGACAUGACUCCAACACGGUCACCAGGAAGGAUUGAUAUGGGACCAGACCAGUCCUCUUCAGGAUUCUGAGGUCUCCUCUCUGAGAGUUAUAAUGAGUUAUCAUCAGAUUGAUAUGGGACCAGACCAGUCCUCUUCAGGAUUCUGAGGUCUCCUCUCUGAGAGUUAUAAUGAGUUAUCAUCAGAUUGAUAUGGGACCAGACCAGUCCUCUUCAGGAUUCUGAGGCCUCCUCUCUGAGAGUUAUAAUGAGUUAUCAUCAGAUUGAUAUGGGACCAGACCAGUCCUCUUCAGGAUUCUGAGGCCUCCUCUCUGAGAGUUAUAAUGAGUUAUCAUCAGAUUGAUAUGGGACCAGACCAGUCCUCUUCAGGAUUCUGAGGCCUCCUCUCUGAGAGUUAUAAUGAGUUAUCAUCAGAUUGAUAUGGGACCAGACAAGUCCUCUUCAGGAUUGUGAGACCUCCUCUCUGAGAGUUAUAAUGAGUUAUCAUCAGGGGGCUGAGGGUGAAGCCAUCCCUAAAAAAAGACGUAAAGUUGGGUCACCAAACAAGGAUCUUGUUGAGACCAUGGACCCUGAUAUGAAGAGGUCUUGUACUACUAGGGGCCCUCCAGAGAGCGCAGAGUCUAUUUCCUCUGGUUUUCUAUCAAUGACGACUGACAAAUCCAUGGAUUUCCCUCUUAAUUUCAAAGGAGCAGACUCUCUACAAAACAAAGGGCCAGUAGAGGUACCCUGUGAUAUCUGCUCUGAGGUCCAAGCUGUGAAGUUCUGUCAGACCUGCAGUGUGUCCUACUGCGGGGCCCACAUCAGACAGCACUAUACAAUACCUAAACUACAGAAACACACACUGGUGGAUGUGACUGGAGACCUGGUGCAGAAACUCUGUCAACAUGUCUACAGUCCUCUGGAGGUGUUCUGUAGGACAGACCAGAUGCUGAUCUGCAGUCAGUGUGCAGAGACAAACCACAAAGGACAUGAUAUGAUCUCCCAUGAUAUAAAGAAAGCAGGAAGACAGCCUAAGAGUUUUGAUAGAGACCAACACACAACGUUGGCCGCGGAUGAUGUGCUGCCCCCUCCUGGUGACAUCCAGGUCCUGUUGCUGACAUCAGACUCUGUGUCUCUGAGCUGGGGUCCUCCUGAAGGGUUGAAGGGACCACAGAAGUUCAGAGUGACCUGGGGUUGUGACGUGGAACCGUGCAGUAUAGGGGUGAAACAUGUUCAUGAAGUUGAAAUAAGCAGACUCAACCCUGGUAAAAAGUACCAGUUCAGUGUGGCUACAGAGGGAGAAGAUGGAAGCCAAAGCAGAUGGAUCUCAGCAUCCCUAUCCGCAGUACCCCCUGUUCCAGACCAGCUGACUGUUGACUCAGUGGAUACCACAUCAGCUGCUGUUAGCUGGAGCCAGCCACCAGGAUUGGACCAAACCCAACAUCAUUACAAGAUCUCCUACCGCUGUCCAGGGACAGAACAACACAUCACUACCACAUCUUCACACAGCAUCACUCUUUCUGACCUGCAAGGUGGUACUCAGUACUCCGUCACUCUCUGCACUGUGCUGGAAGAUGGAAGGCAAAGUCAACUGGUGUCAACAACCCUCAUUACAAGAUCCUAUCUGAUGGAUCUGUUGUCAAAGACUGGACUGGAAGAUCAUUAUGAAAACAAGCUGACGUUAAGUACUGUCCUUGAGAUAAAUGCUGAUACUACAUCAGAUGAACCUCUUACCACUAUGCAGGCACUUCCAGGGGCCUUCCUGAAGAAAUUAAUGAUGGCAAAUCUGAAUGCUAGGAGUGUCAAAUGUAUGUCCUCUGACACAGAUGUUUCAUUUCCGGGUACAGACCGUUUUGAGAAUCUAAAAAGUGACUCUGCUAACAGUAAUGUCAUUAAUCCACUGGACCUGAUUACAGCCCUGUUUCUGUGUUCAGAUGGUUUCCUGCAGCAGGAGAUGGUCCAGAAAAUGUCCAUGUGUCAGUUUGCUGUUCCUCUGCUGCUGCCCAACUGUGACACAAAACAAAUCACUUUGAUGCUGUGGGCCUUGAGGGACAUAGUGAAGAAGUUUAGACUCUCUUCCCAAACAUCCACAAAGGCUUUUGUGGAGGAGAGAAUUGUACUCUCUGAUAUUCCCAUGGUGUCCUUUGUUAGGUUAGGUGAGAUUAGAGUGUCCAAGUCUCAUAUUUUGAACAAGUUGCUUAGUAACCCUCAGCAGUACCAUGACACAUUUGUUCAUCAUGAUAUGGAAUGUGGCGAUGUCCCCCAUAGAAUCUCAGAUGGUCUGGUUGAAAUCAGCUGGUACCUUCCAUGUGGGAACAGAAACAUAGACAUUUUCACUAAGCCUGUGGCGGUGGCCAAUCUCAGAGGAGACAUCAGGUCCUUUAAAACACAGUUCUCCUUUCUGUGUCAAACAUCAGCUGCAGUUUACAUUUUCACUGAUGAUUUCGAGUCAGAUCUCAAUUUGUUCAAAAGCAAAAACACAAAAGCAGAGAUAUUUCUGGUCGUCAACUCUCAGAGAAAAUCAUUCAGAGUAGACACAUUAAAACAAAUGAUCACAAACUGCAGUAUCAAUGAGCAAAAUGUGAUUGUUAAGAAAAAGAAAAACGAUGCAGAAUUUGUCAAAACGCUGCAAUCAUCUGUUGGUGACAUCAUUGAAAAUAGUCCAGACCGGUUGACAGUGGAAAACAUGACUGACAUAGCUCGUCACAGUGGGAUUCUGGUUGAUGAAGACCGCCAUGACUGUCAGAGUGCCAGGAAGAUGGCAGAUGAAAUCACCAGCAACAUCACAGACACAGUCAAAUUUAAAGACAAACAGCUACCCUUACAGGGGCAAAUCUGGAAAAAGCUUUCCCAGUUGGAGAAAGAGCGAUGUAGGCUGAGAAAAGCAGGGGAUCAAGACAGCUCUCUGAAUACAAAGGAGGAAGAGCUGAGAAAGAAACAAUAUACAUUUGACAUGUCAGAUGCAAUGGAAAGCUUCAUUUCAGGAUUGUCAGGUUCAGGACCUGAGCGUUCCUAUUUCCUCAAAUGGAUGCGGAUAAAUCUGGACAAUCUGUCACCAAAGAACCUGUCUGCUUUGCGGGACCAGUACAAAGAUCUUUGCCAAUAUUCUCCGGAGAGAAAAGACGACAUUAAAGAUUUGGAUAAGCAAUUAUCUGACUGUUCCUUGGGUCUUGAACACUUCCUGCGUGAGUUGGGCCAGUUAUAUGAAGCUGCCUGCUCCCUCCCUGAAGACAGUCCUCAAAGGAAACAGAUGGAGCAUCUCCCUGGAUUGUGUGCUCAGAUGCUGUUGGAUGGUUUCCCCAUUGAGCUUGUGGAUGGAGAUGCAUCAUAUAUCCCUCUGAAAUGGAUAUCAGCUGUUCUGACUGAGCUUCAUAAUCUUGUGGGCUCUAACAGCAAGAUCCUGGUUGUCUCAGUUUUAGGGGUCCAAAGCACUGGGAAGUCCACUCUCCUCAACACCAUGUUUGGGGUCCAGUUUGCUGUCAGCAGUGGAAGAUGCACCAGAGGGGCCUUCAUGCUACUGAUUAAAGUCAACAAAGAACUCAAGGAGGAGCUGAAAUGUGACUUCAUCAUGAUCAUUGACACAGAGGGGUUGAAAUCACCAGAGUUGGCUCAACUAGAUGAUAGCUAUGAACAUGACAAUGAACUGGCCACACUGGUGAUAGGACUCAGUGAUGUCACUAUCAUCAACAUCUCCAUGGAGAACUCCACAGAGAUGAAAGACAUUCUGCAGAUUGUUGUUCAUACCUUCCUCAGGAUGAAGGAAUUGGGGAAGAAGCCGAUAUGUCAUUUUGUGCACCAGAAUGUGUCAGACAUGUCUGCUCAUGACAACAACAUGAGAGAGCGGAAGAAGUUGUUGGAACAGUUGAAUGAAAUGACCCAGGCAGCAGCCAGAAUGGAGAAGAAGGAGAAUAUCACCAAGUUCACUGAUGUGAUGGAUUACGAUCCAGACACAAGCAGCUGCUACAUCCCAGGACUCUGGCAUGGGACUCCCCCGAUGGCUCCAGUCAAUGUUGGCUACAGUGAGGCUGUAUAUGACUUCAAAAAGAGCUUGAUGCAAGACUUAAUCAAAUGCCAGAGUAAUGAUGACAUGACACAUUUCCUGAAGUGGACACAAAGCUUGUGGGAGUCUGUCAAAUUGAAUAAAUGAAUUGUAAGUGUCAGAAACAGCUUGGUUGCAGAUGCAUACACCAGUUAAUGCUUUAAGUACAAUGGUUGGAAACGGUUCUUCAAUAAGGACAUUUAUUCCUGGAUAAUGGGUGCUGAAAGCAGAAUAUAAAACAGAUCCAAACCCCCAAAUGAGCAUAUGAAUCGUGCUGAAGGACUUGUCCUGUCAUCCCAAUGGUGGAAGCAGUUUAUUACCGUCACUAGGACAGCAGAAUCCCUGCCCAUCAUGUUCUAAGUGUUCUAAGUUACCAGUUAGAAUAGUAGAAUACACAAGGUGCAAUUUAGAAAUGUGGUUUUAUAUCAGCAGGUUUUCUCUUGUUAUGCAAGUCACUGACAGUCAGUCAUUUAGCCCAUGUCAGCAAAACAAAGAUUGCUAAGUUAGUUUAGCGGCCAGCUAUUCU